CUCCGGAAUGGAACUCCAAAGGGCCUCAGGUCAGGCCAACCCAGCCAGCUAACAGCACCACAAUGAACACCAUCCCCAUGGGCCCAACGGUGGAGCAACUUCUUUCUUUACUGCCACGUUGGAUAACAGGUCUCAGAGCUCAGCAUCCCAGAACACUUGGAGCAAGAUGUCAGUCCUGGGGGUGCCAACCUCACCCACCUCCACUUGUCCAAAGUUGGUAACCCAGAGGACAGGUGCAACCCUGGAAGCUCCAAACAUCAGAGCCUGUCCUGUGGCCAUCUGGAGCCCCUCUCAGGAUCUGGCUGAGGCUCAUCUCAGGCCCACACAGGACCAGUCUCAGCACCUGCCUCAUGCUCCUGUCAGAGCCCACUGGGACCAACCUCAGACCCUAUAUGGUGCCACUCUUAUGCCCUCCUAAAGCAGGACACUCUUAUGCCUUCAACGACACCUGAGACAACACACAGAGCCCUCUUGGCACCAAAUGUGACUUUAAUAUUCUCCUGCUGUCAAGUUCAGUGCCAACUUGUUUCCCAUCCUCACGUACACCUGGGGGCAGUCCCAAAGCCAACACGAUGCCUCUCCCUCCCUGGUCGUACCUGAGGCUGAUAUCAGAACCCGCCAGUGUCAUCCCUGUGUCCACUGCUGAUACCAGUCUCGGCACCCACCUCCUGCUAAGCCUGGCCCGCACUUGACUCCCAGGGUGAUCUAGGCCAGUCAAUGAAGGCGGACGAGGAGAGAGUUCACAUCCCAGCUUCCUCACUUACUCCCUGUGUGACCUCACUCAAGAGGAUUUAUGGAGUCCAGAUCUGCUCAUCUUCACAAUGAGGAUGAUGAUGAACCAACCUCAUUGUUACAAAGAUUCCACCAGAUCACACACACCUAGACUUGAUCUUCCCAUAUGCGACCGUGCUUACCAAAGGGCAGUAUAAAGACAAACCACCUCAGCCGUCACCAUCUAUCAUCCCACUGCCACCAUGCUGGCCUCGGGGCUGCUUCUGGUGGCCUUGCUGGCCUGCCUGACUGUGAUGGUCUUGAUGUCUGUCUGGCAGCAGAGGAAGAGCAGAGGGAAGCUGCCUCCGGGACCCACCCCAUUGCCCUUCAUUGGAAACUACCUGCAGCUGAACACAGAGCAGAUGUACAACUCCCUCAUGAAGAUCAGUGAGCGCUAUGGCCCCGUGUUCACCAUUCACCUGGGGCCCCGGCGGGUCGUGGUGCUGUGGGGACAUGAUGCCGUCAGGGAGGCUCUGGUGGACCAGGCUGAGGAGUUCAGCGGACGAGGCGAGCAGGCCAUCUUCGACUGGCUCUUCAAAGGCUAUGGUGUGGCGUUCAGCAGCGGGGCGCGCGCCAAGCAGCUUCGGCGCUUCUCCAUCGCCACCCUGCGGGACUUCGGGAUGGGCAAGCGUGGCAUCGAGGAGCGCAUCCAGGAGGAGGCGGGCUUCCUCAUCGAGGCCCUCCGGGGCACGUGCGGCGCCAAUAUUGAUCCCACCUUCUUCCUGAGCCGCACCGUCUCUAAUGUCAUCAGCUCCAUUGUCUUUGGGGACCGCUUUGACUAUGAGGACAAAGAGUUCCUGUCACUGCUGCGCAUGAUGCUGGGAAGCUUCCAGUUCGCCUCAACCUCCAGGGGGCAGCUCUAUGAGAUGUUCUCCUCGCUGAUGAAACACCUGCCAGGACCACAGCAACAGGCCUUUAAGGAGCUGCAAGGGCUGGAGGACUUCAUAGCCAAGAAGGUGGAGCACAACAGGCGCACACUGGAUCCCAAUUCCCCACGGGACUUCAUCGACUCCUUUCUCAUCCGCAUGCAGGAGGAGGAGAAGAACCCCAACACGGAGUUCCACUUGAAGAACCUGGUGCUGACCUCGCUGAACCUCUUCUUCGCAGGCACCGAGACCGUCAGCACCACUCUGCGCUACGGCUUCCUGCUGCUCAUGAAGCACCCAGAGGUGGAGGCCAAGGUCCACGAGGAGAUUGACAGAGUGAUCGGCAAGAACCGGCAGCCCAAGUUUGAGGACUGGGCCAAGAUGCCCUACACGGAGGCAGUGAUCCACGAGAUCCAAAGAUUUGGAGACGUGAUCCCCUUGGGUUUGGCCCACAGGGUCAUCAAGGACACCAAGUUUAGAGAUUUCUUCCUCCCUAAGGGCACUGAAGUGUUUCCUAUCCUGGGCUCUGUGCUGAAAGACCCCAAGUUCUUCUCCAACCCCCAGGACUUCAAUCCCCAGCACUUCCUGGAUGAGAAGGGGCAGUUUAAGAAGAGUGAUGCUUUUUUGCCCUUUUCCAUCGGAAAGCGGAACUGUUUUGGAGAAAGCCUGGCCAGAAUGGAGCUCUUUCUCUUCCUCACCACCAUCAUGCAGAAUUUUCGCUUCAAGUCCCCCCAGUCGCCCAAGGACAUCGAUGUGUCUCCCAAGCACGUGGGCUUUGCCACGAUCCCACGAAACUACACCAUGAGCUUCCUGCCCCGCUGA